CUGAUGGCCAUAGAGUGGCUGCGAUGUGGUCACCACGUCUACAUUGUCAGUACAUGGAGGGGGAGUCGUGCAGCGAGCAUCAUGUUGUAUCACCUGUUGCUGCAGACAGUAAACACACAACAGUCAUCAGGUGUAUCACACGGUCAGCUUCACCUCCUGCAGUAUGAUCUUCAUGACGGUGAAGCCGUUAUAAAGGCCGUCAACGACUUGUCACGGGCGGCGAGAGGAGGGAAGUUGUACGUCAUCACUGAUGAAGUAGAGAGUGAGUUGAGAAUCAAGAUUUUUGAAUCUUUCUGCAACAAGCUGCUGACACGAGUUCCUAGUCUCCAUCUUUGGGCGGCAGGUUGUUUCCCUGAACACAGACCUGCCGGUUUGCAAGUUAAACAUUUAACCAGACCCCUCCGCUCUCCACCUGUCGUCGUCAAGGAAGACGAUCAGGACCUGAGGAUCACUAGAGGCCGUGAUGUCGACCCGUACAGUGAGCGAGGUGUGCCCGACCACACAGACGACCUGUCAGUCACACGACUGUAUCACCGAGGUCAGGGUCAUUCAGGAGACUGGCCAGGUGACUGUGUCAUGUGUGGUCGUGAGGUGGCCAGCUUCCUACACAGUCUCCGUGUUGGUGUUAAGGAGAGCAGCACAACAACAUCUACAACAUCGACCUCUACCUUCGGCAGCACAACACCACCCUGUCUACAGUGGAGAGAUGUGCUGGUGCUUUCCUGGCGUUACGUCAGUGAUCAGUCGGGUGUGGUCACAGGACUGCAAGAAGCGGGUAUCCCAGCGCGAGUGAUGGAGGGUGAAGACAUCGAGGACGCGGUUACGGCCCGCAGUGACUUGGUGUGGGUGACGAAUGGACCUGUUUAUGGUCUGGAGAGAAAAGUCGUCGUCUGUCUGGAGUACUCUGAUUUUGAUUCAAUGAGUUUUACGGGGUUUUAUCGAGACAGCGUUUGCUCUCCACGACUUGACCUCGUGUCCCGCAGUACGUCACAACUUGUGAUUGUCUCCCCUGACUAGUAACAGCCUGAAGGGGACUGUCACUGUCACACCUUUUACCUGUAGUCCUUUUGUAGUCGUGUGUCUGUCUGCCAUCAACACUUCAGUGUUUCUCCUUGUAGAAAAUAUGUUUCUACUUUUGUCGCAUUUUGUGUAGUUAGUGGAUUUAAUGUGUUAGUCGGGUGGGGGUAAGGUUGCUUACAAUGAUGAAAGCAGUGAACUGGUCAAGCUGGCGGCAUAUCGGCCCGACCGGCGCGCCAAAUGUCUGGCCGCCUAUUGAACACCGGUGGCCAGUCGGCGAUAACGACAACACCUGACGUAAGCGGCCAGCGAGUCAACCAUAGCCAGGGGGAGACUAUCGGGUAACAGCCCGACCCCUCGUUGUCCAGCUGAAGGCCGGGUACCGCCUGAGGCGAGCAACGCCCCGUCCACCUGCGUCCAGAGCCUUCCUCCACCUCCAAGGCCACCGGGAGGAAGUUACGCCCACCGGAAGAAAGGAACCAACAAAGUCUGGGGAGGGGCAGAGAACGUCACUUCUCCAGGUAGCGAGCUGGUGAGCGGCCACUGAGAGUCCGUCUUAGAGAUCAUAGAAGACGUUAAAGCCCACGUGGGGACUGAACUGUGAAGUGUGAAUUUGGAUAAGCAGGAAUUUGUGAACUCUCGUUGAAGUCUACAUAGGACUGAACUGUAACUUGUGAAUAGUGAGCAGUGGAAUUAUUAUCGUGAGAAACUAUCAAGAAGAAACACCAGAGAGAUAAGUUUCUUAGAUUAUGUCAGUACUUGUAAGCUAUUCUUUUAUAUAUAUAUAUACUCUUUUGUUUAAUUAUACUCUUUCCAUUUGUUCUGAAGUCUCUUUAUUAAGAUCGGCGCUGAAUGCGUUGUAAUUAGAUGUGUGUGGGCGCAUGCCAGAUGAUUGUACGAAUGCUCCAAGCUAGCUAUUGCCCACAGAGCCCCCAUUCAGUCCAUUACACUCCUCUUAUACUUUCAGUCUAUCACCUUGUCAUGACGUCAUGCAAUGACGCUCUCACAAUGAUACUUGUAAGAAAUAAAUUAUUUUAAAAUAUA